AUGUCAUCCACACGAGUCUCGAAACGUCGUCGAACGUCACAUCUUAGCGAAACCUCGCUCAGCCCUUCAGCCGGCACCAACACUCUGGCCUCCUCAUGCUCCUUACCUGCACCUGCCACCACCGAACCCUCCUCCUCCUCCCAGCCCGAUACUCUCCGCCGCUUCUUCUCAUGGUGCGGCAAACAAAGGAUCGCCAUCGACCACCGUCUCGACCUCCGCUACACAUCCUACAAUCCCAACUCAUGGUCCAUCUCCAUUCACGCCUCCACCUCAAUUCCAGCCGACUCUGUCAUCGUCACCAUCCCCAAAUCCGCCGUUCUCUCCCGCAAGACAUCGGCUCUAUCCCCCUUCCUCCACUCCGAAUCCGAAAGAUGGCUCAGCGACAACCCCGAAACAGUCGGCCUGGAACUCUCCCUCUGUCUCCUCUAUGAACGACUCCUCCAAUCCAAAUCCCGUUUCUACCCCUUUCUCUCCAUCCUUCCCCGUCUGCCCCUCCCCUUACCUUUCCUCCAACCCAACAUCAAUCCCUGGUUGAAUGGCACCGAAACCCAUCGAAUCAACUCUCGCGCUGAAACGUCAUACCAUCUCUCCAACAACACCGGCUCCUGGGUGUGGGAGGGCCACGACUACGGGAUGUGCAAAGCUAAAGCUCUCGACUAUUUCCAUGAUGUUGGGGUUCCGGUGUUGAGGAAGAGUGGGUUGUGGGGGAAGAAUGAGGCAGAACAUUUGGAUGGGUUGGAGGGGAAGUUCAUGGCGUGCUAUACGCAUGUUAGCUCGAGGGACUUUAUUGUAGAUGCGUAUCAUGGGGUGGCGUUGGUUCCGGUAGCGGAGUUGUAUAAUCAUGCUGAGGUGAACACAGUGCAGUUUGAGAGCGAUCAGGAUGUGUGUGAGUGCUGUGGGACGGCUUUGAUUGGAGGUCAUGAUGAGGGGAAGUGUCGAGCUCGCAAUAAGGAGGAGAAGAGCGAGGAUGCUUCUUCGGAUGGGGGCGAGGUGGAGGAAGAUGAAGCUCGGUCGACAGCGGAAACUGAAGAAGAUGAAAGCGAGGUGGAAGUGAAGGAGGAGGAGGAUGACGAGGCAGAGCAAGAAGGCGAAGCACAGUCAGAGGAAGAAGACGACGAGGAAUUUGAAAUCGAAGACACUCUCGAUCUACGCACUCUCACACCCCACUCAACCGGCGACGAGAUCUACAACACCUACGGACCCCUCACCAACCCCCUCCUCCUCACUCGCUACGGCUUUUGUCUUGACACCGAGACCGAUUUCGAACGCUAUACCCUCGAUCUUCGAUUCGCCCGCGAGAGAAGAUGUUAUCUCGAAGCUUUCCUUUCCGAUCCCACUUUCUUCUGCCCGAAUGAUGGCAUGCCGGCGAUUGUAGGGGUAUUUGUUACAGUGCUUCGCUUCAUCCGAAGUCGAUUUCCACCUUGCGAAGAAGGAGAGGAAGAAGAAAGAGAGGAAGAAGAAGGAGAGGAAGGGGCCAGGGAACUGAAAGUUUUCGACAAUCUACAUCAGCUUGAAUCGCUCCUCCCACUCUCCUCUUUCCCUCCCGCCCUAUUCAUCAUCCUAUCCCCUCUCAUCCAUCCACAACCAAACCAAGACGAUGAUCUGGUGGACAGAGACCAACUUCAACCGCUCUUCCUCAUUUCUACGGGCCAAACAAGCAUUCCACUAUUCACCCUUACCUAUCUGAUGCAUCAUUUCCACAACUCCUCACCCCUAAUAACCCCACCUCUCCCUACCGAGCUUGAGGUAGAGGACGCAAAAAUGCAAGCAACCUUAUCCACCCUGCACGCAUUCUGGACUGCUCGAUUGGAACAUCUCCACAUCCGCCGCAAGGUGGACGAAGCACUAGCGCUCUUACAACCCGACUCAAAGGAGGAGUACAUCACAAAAGCAUGCAUUCAACAAGCGUAUCAAGAGUAUGUUUCACUCAAAUCUGCUCUUGCCUCACUCGAAGAGCUUCUCAUCGUUUCACCCUCUCCCUGA